AUGAUCACCAAAUACUUUACCAAAGUGUCUGUACGGUUUAACCCGUUCUCUGAGGCUGCCAGGCCCGUCAGACUCUUUAUGGGACGUAUUCCCACCGCUCUGAAGAGUGGGUGCAGCAUCGACUACAAGAUCCUUACCGGUAACGAAGAGCCCUUGGUGAAAGUGACGUUCAAGGACAAGGCUGAGAUGGAGAUCAACCCUUCUGAAAAGAGAUUUGAAGAUUUGAAGGCCUUUUUCGACGGUCACCUGAGAAAGUUGGCACUUAAGGAUGCCAUCCUGGAAGUCAAGCAAACCUUCACCCUACCUACCACCAUGUAUAAACAGUUUCUUGAAAGAUUCGGGCUCAGCGUGCCCAUCAUGCAAGCGCCAAUGGCCGGCGUUUCCACGGUUGCAAUGGCAGCAGAGGUUGCCAAAGCUGGAGGGUUAGGAUCCUUACCAAUGGCGUCUGUUGAUUUGACGAAAAGCACGGAGCCGGUGUUCCAGCAAAUCGGAGAGUUCAGGGGCCUUGCUGGCGACAAGGCGCCCGUAAACGUUAACUUUUUCGCCCACGACUUCACAAAGCAAGUGCCGCCGGGUCCAGCCGAACAGCGUAACUGGUACCAGGUUAUGGCUCGUGCUUCCGGUGUAGCCGAAACAAAGCUUCACGAAGUGGUGCCGCAGUUCCAACGCAUAAACAUCUCGUUUAAAGAGUUUGAACAUAAGCAGCACGAGCAAGUGGAACCGUUUUUCAAGCGGCUUGGCGAGAGUAACGUUCAAAUCGUGCUGUUCCAUUUUGGACUCCCUAGUGCAGAAACCAUUGAUGUGAUCCACCGCCAUAAGCUAGCAGUAUUUGCCUGUGUAACCAGCGUUAGUGAAGCCCAGGUGGCUUUAGACGCUGGUGCAGACGUUUUGGUGGCCCAGGGCUACGAAGCUGGCGGCCACAGAGGCAACUUUUUACUGGAAGAACCCACCGACGAAAAACUUCCCACAAAAGAACUUUUCACCCAACUUGCAGCCAAAUUCGGGUCCUCGCGGGUGGUUCCUGCUGGAGGGAUCGUCGAUGCCGCUGGCGCCAGAGAAUACCUCGACUUGGGGGCUGCAGCAGUGAGCAUGGGCACAUUGUUUGUGACAAGCCAGGAGUCCAGUGCUCCACCGUAUAUUGGGGACCUUUUAAGGAACAAGGAAGAUAAUUUACCUGGCACGGUUAUGACCCUGUUGGUUUCUGGAAAACAUGCCAGAACCGUGGAAACACCGUUUAUUAACGCCUUGGUGUCGUCCCUGGUGGACCAGAUGCCUCUGUACGGGUACCUGUACUAUGCCUACAAGACGGCUGCGAAAAGUUUCCCUCCAGGAUGCGGCUUCUAUUUGGCAGGUGCCAAUUACCACAAGGUCACGCCCGGAGCUAAGGCCGGUGCUACGGUGGUGCAAUUAUGGGACGAGAUUCAGAACAAUAAAGAAGCUUAA